AUGCCUUCCUUACCAUGUAAUGCUGCUGCUGCUGCAGCAGCAGCAGGAACAGCAGCAGCAGACGCAGCGAAUGCAGAAGAUACAGCAGCAGCAGCAGCAGCAGCAGAUGCAGCAGCACACACAGAAGGAAGAGGAGACAAUUCUUCUCUCCUCUCUUUGCUGCGCGCUGCCUUGAGCCCUGAGCGUCUCUUAUCUAAGUUCUUAGAGCAGCCAACCUUACCUACUGCAGCAGCAGCAGCAGCAGCAGCAGCAGCAGCAGCAGAUGGUGCACCUGGUGGUGCUGCUUCUGCGGAGCACCAAGUUGCUGUUGGUGUGCUGCAGGAGCAAUUGCAUCAGCAGCAUCAGCAACACCACCAGCAGCAGCAACUGCAGCAACAGCAUCCCCUGCUGCUGCAGCAGCAGCAGCAGCAGCAGCAUCAGCAGCAGGGUGCAGCAGAAGACCCCACACUGCAUGCAGUAGCAGCAGAGUUGAGCAAAGGUGUAUUAUGUAUAAUACCUAUAGAAGGUAAGGAAGAAGAAAGAUCUAUUAUUUCCUCUUGUCUUGCUGCUGCUGCUGCUCUUCUUUCUUUUGCUGCAGCAGAUGCAGCAAGAGUAAUACUUGCUAUUAAGGCAUACUUAGAGGUAGCAGCAGCAACACAGCAGCAGCAAGUCGUGCUGCUGCUGCUGCUGCGUCUACUUGUCUUCCGUUGGGCUCUUAAUAACAAUCCCCUGCUGCAGCAGAGGGUAGCAGCCAAGCAGCAGCAAGACAGCAGCAGCAACAGCAGCAGCAGCAGCAGCAGCAGCAGGUUAUUAAUGUCCCCUUAUGUGGGGUCAUCAUCCCUAAACCCAUCAUCAGAACCGUCUCCUUCAGCAGCAGCAUCUGCUGCUGCUGCAGCAGCAGCAGCAGCAGCAGCAGCAGAAUGGCUACGUCCUUUAGUAUCUUUUGCUAUAAAAGAAGCAGCAGCACUAGAGGAAGGAGACGAGAGAAGAGAUCUGCUGCUGCAGUUGCUGCUGAUCAUCUCCCGCUGCACCCCUCAUGUUGUUAUUCAUAAACUUAUUAAGGCAGCAAAAAAAGCAGCAAUUGUGUCUCCUGUUGCUGCUGCUACUGUUGCUGCUGCUGGUAGUGAGGAGACAGCAACACAGGGAGCUGCUUGCUGCUCCUUGCUGCUGCUGCUGGAGAAAGUAUUUGCAUCUAAUGGAUUUCCUCCUAUCCCUUUAUCCCUUACGAAGCAAGUAUUUGUUGUGCUGCUGCAGCUGCUGCUGCUGCCUCUGCAGCAGCAGCAGCAGCAGCAGCAGCAGCAGGACCCCUCUGCGCAGCAGCGGGGUCUCUCCCUUCCUAUUAGAUGGAGCAUUUCCUUGAGAGCAGCAGAAGCAUUGAGUGCAUUUGCUGCUGCUGCUGCAGCAGGAAACUGCCGCUCCCUGCUGCUGGCACUGCAGCAAACGCCACAGCAGCAGCAGCAGCAGCAGCAGCAGGACCGUGUCUGCGAGAGUGAGCCCGGCAGAGAGGCUCUUAGACUGCAGCGUUCUUUAUUAGAUGGAUUAGCUGCUGCUGCUGCUGCUGCUGCAGGAGCAGCAGCAGCAGCAGGAGGAGAAGGAGGAUGCAGCAACGAAGAACUUCCUCUAAUGGCAGCAGCAGCAGAAAGAUUAGUGUAUAUUUUGCUGCCGCGUAUGCUGCUUGCUGCUGCACCUCGUGGUGUUAUAUGCGCGCUGCUGCGUGCUGCUGCGCUGCUGCUGCUGCUGCCUGUACACCUCAGCAGCCCCUUAAUGCUUAGACACUGGAAUGAUGACACCUCAGGUAUGGUGCGUCAUGACCCCGUGCUGCUGCUGCUGCUGCUGCUGCUGCUGCACCUCAGCAGCCAGAUAUCAGGGGUUGCUGCAGCAGACCUCCUCCAAGAGGAUCAGCAGGAAACCAACACCCGUGCUGCAGCAGCAGCAGCUGCUGCAGCAGCAGCAGCAGCAAACACGCAAGAUCAACGUAAGGCACUGCAGCAGCAGCGCCAAGCGCUACUCAAGACAGGGGGACUAGAAACUUCUGCUGCUGCUGCUGCUGCUGCUGCCGAUGAUGCUACGCUGCAGUCAGAGACAGCAGCAUACAAGCAGCAGCUGCUGCAGCACUCGGGUCCCUCCGCAUCUGAGCAGCAAGAAGAUGCUCGCCUCAGCAGCAGCAGCAGCAGCAACAGCAGCAGCAGCAGCAGCAGCAGCAGCAAUGAUAAUGAUCUAGGUGAUGGUGUAAGACUAGAGGGGCCCCGUGCUGCUGCUUUCUUUAUGCAUGCAGCAGCAUCUGUUGCUCAUCUAACAGAUGUCUUAUCUAAGGGGCAGCAACAUUGGAGGGUGCAGCAGCAUGCAGCAGAGCUGCAGCAAUUGCUGCUGCUGCUGCUGCUGCAUGCAAGCAGACGUACACUUACACCUAAUGAUCCUUUUAUUAAUAUUCUUGCUGACGAGACACUCACAAAACUUGUAGAACCCAUCGUCUUUGCUGCGAUCUCUUCCUUAAGCGCCGUGCAGAUGGAGCACGAAGCAAAGACAACAGGGCUGCCUGCUGCUGCUGCUGCUGCUGCUGCAGCAGCAGCAGCAGCAGAAGGGGGAGGAUCUGUAAUGGAGCCUUGCUCUGCUGCUCUUGCAGGCCUUGCUUCUAUCUCCCCCAUAGCUGCCCCUGUUCCUGCUGCGUCUGCUGUUGCUGCUGCUUGCUGCAGCGGUGCUGCUGCUCCAGUGUACCUGAAGCAGGUGGACUGUGUGGUGCAUGCGCUUGUCCCCACUGCAGCAGAGGCAGCAGCAGCAACAGCAGCAGCAGGGGAGAUGCAGUCUCGGGUGUAUGAUGAGCUUAACUUGUGUCUCCCCUCCUGCAUGCGCUACGAGGGCUUUAAUGAGGGUUUGCAAGAUUCAAAUUUGCUGCUGCAGCUUCGUGCUGCUGCUGCUGCAGCGCAGCAGCAGCAGCAGCUGCUGAAGCAGGCAGGAGAUGUGCUGCUGUUUACAGAUGGCAUUGCUCGGUUCUUUGGUCUCCCUAUUUGCUGCAGAGGGACUCUUGCUGCUGCUGCACUUAAUACAGCAGCAGGUGUCUUUGCUGCAGCAGCAGCAGCAAAAAGAUCUCGCGACCUGCGCAGCGACCGGCAGCAGCAGCAGCAGCUAGAUGCUCUUCAAUGUGCUGCAUUAGUCUUCAUGGGCAAAAUAGCUGAGACACAAAGGUGUGGCUGCCCAACACCGCGCUUGGCUUUGUCUCCUUGGCAGCAACCAAGCAGUCUUUGCUGCUGCUUGCCAAGGUGGGACUCGCCUCUAGUGCAGCAGCAGCAGCAGAAGCAGCAGCGGCAGCUGCCUCUGCAGCAGCGGCAGCAGCUUGCAGCUCAGCAGCAGCUGUUAGAUUUACAGGAGAGACUGCAGCAGCAAUGGGAGAGAGCAGCAACAGCAGCAAGAAUUGUUUCUUGUGUAUAUAAGUUUGCUGCUAAAAGGAGACUGUCUCCUUCUCAUGCUGCUGCUGUCUUAGCUGUAUGCCGAUCUCUUGCGGUGUCUGGGCUGCUGCGUACUGCUGCUGCACAUUUCCAAGGGGAACAUGAGCAGCAGCAGCAGCAACUGCAGCAGCAACUGCUGCUGCAGCAGCAACAGUUGCUGCGAGGCGGGAGAGGGCCUGAUGCCUCCUCUUUCGCCACCCUGCAGCAGCAGCAGGAAGAGCAGCAGCAACUGCACCGUCUAGGCAGCACUCUAAGCAGCAGCAGCAGGAGCAGCAGAAUCAGCAGCAGCAGCAGCAGCAGCAGCAAGGUGUCUAUAGACUUUAGGCUGCCGCUGCUGCUGCCCUUAGAACGAGCUAUAAGCUUUGAGCCUAUGAGGCUAGUAGAGCCUGAGGACAGCAGCAGCAGCAGCAGCAGCGGCAGCAGCAGCAGCUCAGAGGAGGAGAACUUGCAUGCAGCAAGGAGACACUCUUUAUUAAGAAGAAGGAGACUGUCCCUAAAGAGACGCAGGCAGCGUGCAGCAGAGACACCGAGGGCAGGGGAGCAACCUGCAGAUGCAGCAGCAGCUGCUGCUGCUGCAGUAGGGGCAGCAGCAGCAGCAGGGGGGGAUGCAGAGGGAGAGGCUGAGACAGGAGAUCCUGAUGCAACAGAAACAGUAGCUGCUGCAUCUGCUGCUGCUGCUUCUGCUGCUGCUGCUGCUUCUGCUGCUGCUGCUUGGACACAUUCUCCUCCUGCUGCUGUCUUCGGUGUGCUGCUGUUUGUCUUACGGAUGUUAUGUCUCUCUCCCCCUGAUGGCAGCGAGGGAGCAGCAGCAGCAGCAGCAGCAGUGGCAGCAAACUGGCCAGAGUCGUCGCUGCUUGAGCAGCAGCAGCAGCAGCAGCAACAGCAGCAACUAGGUACAUCACCAGCAGCAGUCCUUAGAGAUGCAGCAGCACAUAUCCUUUUCAAGGUCUUAGCUCAGGAUACACCUGAGAGAGCAGCAGAAGAAGACAAGACAGCAGCAGCAGCAGCAGCAGGACGUCCUGCUGCUGCUGUUGCUGCUCCUUUAUGUGUGUCUCCUGCUGUCCCCCAAUCACAAGUUGCUGCUGUCUGCGAGCUGCUGCUGCAUGCGGUGUCUGUACACUCGGAUAGGGGAGGUCUUGCUGCUGCUGCGCUGCGGGCUAUAGCAAAACUUAUCCCCGUGCUGCUGCCUCCCGACAUGCAGCAGCAGCAGCAGCAGCAGUUGCUGCAACAGCAGUUGCAGCUGCAGCAGCAACUGCAGCAGCAGCGACAGUCUUUGUUAUCUAGAGCUCCAGGCGUGCCUCUAUGGGAGCAGAUGCCUCCUCCUCCUCAGCAGCAGCAGCAGCAGCAGCUGCAGCAGCAGCAGCAGGGGAGUUCCUUCCGUCCCCCACAACAGCAGCAACAACAACAACAACAACAGCAGCAGCAGCAGCAGCAGCAAUCGUUAGCAUGCCAAGCAGCAAUACUUGUAGAUUGUCUAUCCGGGUCCCUAGAGGAGCAUGCAGGGGGGGCCCUCCCCUUAUCCAUAGAGGGAUGGACAGCAGCACUAUGCGAGUUGCUGCUGCUGCUGCACUCGGGUCU